AUGAUAGAGCAUUCUUCGUUUUGUCUGAAUUCAAUAUCGAGCAGCAACGCGCAUAAUCUCGACCAUUCCUCUCGAGUACUGCAAUUCGCAUCAUACCCAUUCGAUGUAAGCAUCCACGAGAACCUAACUCCCUUGAUCCUGGGAGGAUGUGUCUGUAUACCCUUAGAAUCACAGCGCGUCAAUCAACUUAAAGAUGCAAUAGUUGGCCUGGGCGUGAACUGGAUGGAGCUGACGCCCUCUGUCGCACGACUCCUACAGCCGGAAGAUAUUCCAUCAGUGAAAACACUAGUACUUGGAGGAGAGGCUAUGCUUCCAGCAGAUAUAUCCAUGUGGAGCGAUAAAGUGCGUUUGGUAUGUGCCUACGGCCCUGCCGAGUGUACUGUGGUGUCAACAGUCCUGUCAGAAGAUUGCCAGCCUGGAAUCAUUGGCCGUUCAUACGCAGAGACAUGCUGGAUUAUGGAUAAAGAUAACCAUCAUCAACUUGUAACCAUCGGCGUUACAGGUGAACUAGUCAUUGGAGGCUUCAUUGUCGGUCGGGGAUACCUGAAUCGGCCUCAACAGACGGCUUCUGCCUUCAUCCAGAAUCCAGACUGGCUACCCAAGGUGACCCCGAUGGGUAGUAACAUGAGGCUCUACAAAACAGGAGACCUUGCACGGUAUAAUUCAGAUGGAACCAUAAUGUGCCAAGGCCGAAAGGACACGCAGGUGAAGCUUCACGGAUAG